AUAGGUAGUCGAGUGUUACUAAAAAUAGAACGGACGGAACUAACAAUCAGCGUUUCCGCGUCCGGCUGUAGAGAAAAGCGGAAAUCACGUAGGCCUCUAUAAGCGGCCCGCGCUAGGCCGGCCGGCUGAGCCACACACAUUUUCUCCUCAGAGGCCGGCAAUCGAUCACAAAGAGGCAGCUAGAAAAGGGGAAGGAAGAGGUGCAACAGCAACUCAGACUGAAGGAGGAAGAGAUCGGAAUAAGUCAGUCCUUGAGUAGAUAUGGCAGCUAUCCGGAGAAAACUGGUGAUAGUGGGAGACGGUGCGUGCGGGAAGACGUGUCUGCUCUUUGCCUUCACCAAAGACGAGUUUCCUGACAAGUACAUUCCGACAGUCUUUGAGAACUACGUGUCUGACAUUGAAGUGGACGGAAAACUGGUGGAGCUAGCACUCUGGGACACUGCAGGCCAGGAAGACUACGAUCGCCUGCGUCCCCUCUCUUACCCCGACACAGACGUCAUUCUCAUGUGUUUCGCAGUCGAUCUGCCCGACAGCCUCGAAAACAUCCACGCAAAGUGGGUCCCCGAAGUCCAACAUUUCUGCCCCAACGUUCCAUUCCUCCUGAUUGCCACCAAGAAAGACUUGCGAAACGACCCGGCCACCAAAUCUUCAAUGGCUCACGACAAGCUCGAGAUAAUCCGCACGGAGCAAGGCCGGACGAUGUCAGAGAAGGUCGGAGCGUACGCCUACCUGGAGUGCUCCGCAAAGACACGGGAGGGAGUUCGGGAAGUUUUCGACGCAGCGACUCGCGCAGCUCUUGCCAAGCGCAGCAAGAUAAGAAAAGGCUGCAUUUUACUUUAGAGAGAAUUCGAUCGUGCCACCAUUUCGUUGUCCUCGUUGUCCCUGCGGGCUAUGCAGAAUGUGUUUUAUGCCCCCAGAUUGUGUGUGCGUGUGUGUGUCAUAGUACCGGAAUAUGGUGUUUUUGUAUGUUUGUUGGUCUACAUGAUAGAAUACAAGUUGGUAUUAUACUGUUAGGACACCACUCAGUCACUUCUUGUGUGCAUUAUAUAAUAUACCAUGCUGUAUAAUAUUUUUACACCGCACAACGCAAGGACUG